GCCGCAAAGAUCAUUUUUCUCUCCACGAAGGAUCCAAGCGAGAAGCGCAAGCUGCGCGGCUGAAGAUCACUUUCAUCGGCCACCUAAGAUACAAGUACAAACAAAAGAUGACAUCACCCGAAAUGGAACUAGAGCGCGCACCCGGCAUCAUCACAGAGCCCCAGCAUGCUGGCCGACGAGGCUGCAGUCGGCCUCGAGCUGUCGACGAGGAGGACGAAACGUCCGAGGCCCCCAAGACAAGCACAGGAACUUCUACGCCCGACCCUUUGGCGAGCAGCGGGGGAUCUUCACGCGCCGGCGACCCUUUGGAAGAAGAUGCUGCGGCCAAGGAAAACAGGGUCGGGUUCGACAUGGUAAAAACUGCGGUCAUGACAAUGAAGAUACCCGACGAAGAAGCACGGCAACCGCAACAAGAAAGGCGCGAACAAGAAGAGCAGAUCCAGAGAGAGUGCCUGGAGGGCGAAGUAGAUCUUGCGGCAGAUAUACAUCAAACUCCGACUCAUCCAUGUUGACCUUGAAACACAUAAUGCCGCUUUCUCAGCGGCCAAGAAAUCCUCGGGACGAGCGCGUCCUGCGUACUCUCCUCGUACGACUAGCACGGGUUGGAACUGGUCUCUUCGGUGCGUUUUUCUACUCUUCAACAUCGCACACAAUGAUUUCCUCUGGACCACCACAUUUUGUAAAAGCAGAGCCGACGACGACCGCUGCAUCACAAAUGAAAUCCUCCUCCGCAGCAGCAGCUGCCCCAACCAAAGCCACCUCCUUCGAACUCCCGACUUUUUUUACCUGCGACCACAUCCCGGAGUGGCGAAAUUUCCGGAAGCUGUGGCUCCAUUUCCGUUAUCCUGUGCAAAAGCAUCGUACUCGUAGUAAUCGCAGUCAUGCAUGACAAAUCUGGUUCCUUAGCUUAUUCAGCAUUACAAAUUCCAUUUUUCCUUCUGGGAAAACUUGUAAAAAUGCUAUUUCUACUAGUACGAUACUUUUGCAAUGCAUAUCCGUUUCAACACGAAGAUGGGGCGGGACUUCGUGGAGAACGGGAUUUUCACCGAGCAGAUGCGGGACUCCGCGGAAUUCUACGACGUGUUCACAUCCGCGAACGAUCUCGGCCGCCGCUGGGAACAGCAGUUCACAACUGCCGUCAAUAGUUGGGACUGGUUUUCCAUCUGCGAAGCCUUCGUUGAGUAUGAAACGGUGGGGCGGCCGCAGAAGAUUUUGAAGCUGGACCCGGAAGUCGCGAACUUUUGCCACUACGGGUUCAUGACGACGCAGUACAUCGGUAUGAAGGUCGGGAACACGCUUUUGGACACGAUCGCCGGGAUCAGUAACUGGGGAAGAGUAGCCAGGCAGGGGCUGGUAACUUCCUUGACGUACAAUUCCUUGAAUUUCGCGGAAGACAGCGGGUGGGGCUUGUCGCUGUGGGACUACAUAAAAGCCGCGUACAACCUGCAGAAGCAGAGUGGGGGGUUCGUGUCGCUUGCUAAAAAUGCGGGUACUACAGCAUCAUCUCAAAGCACUGACGAGACCUCCUCCUCCGAGGAUCUACGCAUACACAUUGAAAAAUCCUUAGAAGACGAAAUCGCAAAGUGGAGGAAGAAGCAGAAUCAGCGGACCCCUGUUCACAAGCUGGCUCCGCUCCCGGCGAAGAAAAUCUGGAGCACAACAUCAACAUCCGAGGAUGGGGAUUCACUUCUUGACGGUUCUUGGCGGGGCAUCAUUGAUCUGUUGCUGCAAAGCGAGGUCGUGGUUAGCGGGUUGUCAACUACAUCUGCGGGAGCAGGUCUUACAGCCGCGAGGAGGUCCGCUGAUCCGCUGACUGCCAUUUUCGGCGUUUCUGCACAGGACUUGGCGCCGUCACCCUAUUUUCACCCGCCGGGAGACCAAACUUCUCGUCCAGAAGUUGCUGCAACAUCUUUACUUGAGCAAGAACAUCUCGUCCCUACACGACCCUCCCUGAAAGUUCUCGCCGUCGGCUACCACGUUUCCCUUGCUCGCGAGCCGCUCGAGACGUUUGCGCACCUGCUCGAUUUGGACAAGUAUUUGAAGCGCGCGAUUCACGUUCUGGACGCGGGGGCGACUUCGGUAGAAGACUUGAAGAAAAAAUCCCACUGCCGGUUCAACUCUCCCGAGUGGUGCACGAAGAAUGAGGAAUUCAUCGUCGCCAUGAAUGCGGAGUUGCAGGUCCGAAGGUACGGCUUCGCGAGUAAACUGCCCAUUUUGCAGAGUUUGGAGAACUGGCAGGAGGUGUUUGAACAGUUCAAAUGGGAUCUGGUCGAACCGUUUGACUUGGAUGUAGUUCCGAGGACGAAAGGUCAGACAACCACGACUCCACCAGCAGGAGAUAGAAACACAGCCACAGGUAAGACUGAAUCAUUGUCUUCACGACGGCGUUCAGCCCUCUACCCAGACGUGUUGCUUUGCGGUGAGCCUUUGGUUUUGUGCCGUGUGAUGCACCUCGCGUUUCCGAGAGCGUCGCUUGUUUCCUACUCCUAUGCACUGCAAGAAUGUCUGGGUCUGGGAGGAUGAAACUUGUCAUGCUGUCUUUGGAUUUUAGAAAAAUAUGUAUUGCGUAAGCCGCAAGAGGAGUCCAGUUUUUGUUACGCGGAGGGGGCAUUUGUCAUGCGGUAUAGGCAUCAGGAAGCCUUCAUAAAAUCUGUGACGCUAGCGCAUACAAGACAGACAUCAUGGAUCAUGCAAAAUGUGCAUGACAAGUCCUCCAAUCUUCCAGACCCAGACAUUUUUGCAAUUCAUAACUCCGCACAGCAGAUCACCAUGUACGUGGACGAGCCGAUAUUGUGAGGAAAAAUCCCCCCUCCCCAUAUCGAAAAGGCAUGCUUUUCAAAAUUUGUGAAGAUGCUUGUGGUUACAAAUCGAGUCUGUCUUGCAAGAGAGCAAGGCCAGGGCUUCCGCUGCAUUUCGCAGGCGAUUUGUAACGCUGCUACGCUACUAGGGCAGACGUCUGCCAUGCUAAGUGCCUACCCCAAGCCACCCCUUUUCGGGCUUCGUAUCUGUCUGCAGCCCUCCACCGCAAGACAAAGCCGAUUUGUGUACACAACUCCUGCGUCACAGAUUUCCAUUUCGAUAUGGGGCGGGGGGAUUUUUCAUUUUGAUAGCCGAAAUUGGCGCAACAGGUUCUGCGGGAAUAUUUGCAACUCGCACAACUUCCCCACUCUCUCUUCGUCACGAGUGGGAGAAUUGUGAGCGAAUGGUACAGGUUUCAGGCCGGAAUCCCGGCGAUUCCGAUAACGCCCAACGCGGUGUACUUGAAUGGUGCGUUUUACCACGGGAUGAAGUCUCGGAGAAUUUUGCUACUCCGCCAAGUGAGCUUGUUCUGGGACCCGGAGUGCAUUCUGAACUAUUUCCUGCGCCAGGUUGAUUGGUGGCAGGCCGAGGAACCCGAUAAAAAAUUUGGCGCCGACGAAGCGAUCGGCAUGGUUCUCGGGCGGGACGCGAGCGGGGAGCAGGUGGCGGACGAGGAAGUGUUAUAUCGACUCGGGUCACUGUUGAUCCGAAAAGAGCAAGACAUCAACGACGGUGGGAGAAUCGUGCUGGACCUACCCGCGAUGGGGGUUGCGGAUCCGAGCAGUGUCCUUUUAGGCACAAGUGUAAGUAGUCAAGAAGCUUCUGAACGACAAGAUCCUGGCGCGGCGGACCGGUAUUUCGCGGAAAAAGUUUUCGAGCGAAAGCCCUACAGCGACAGUGAGGAUUUCCUGCAAGAGAUGUCGGACAUGGCCAUGCGGUACUGGCGCGUCGUGGACAAAAACGGGCGCCUGAUUGGAGAGCCGGAUCAUGAUCGUGGCCGCGAUGAGGCAGAAACACAAGAAAAACACCUGCCACAGGAUGGCGAAUUUGACGAAGAGGGCGCAAGAACGCGGGAGCGAGAGGCACGAACAGAUCUUCCAGAAACUGCAACACAAACCACGUUUGAUCUUCUCAAACUCUCCCACGACGAGUCCAAUUCGAACCUCUCUCCCUUCCCCCACGGCCGCAACUACACGCUGGAAAUAUUGACGGAGCAGGCCAUUCGCAUGCUCUCUAUUGAAGGACAGAUUCCGGACCAUGUCGCGGCCUUGGGAAAGGGGUACGAUGACAUGAGCCGGGGGCUGGGAGAAAACGACGAGUCGUUUUCGCGAGUCAUGUUCCACGGCCGCAAAUUGUACGAAAAGUCCGGGUUUCGGGAUUUCGUUUAUGGUGAUGAAGCGAAAGUUGGCGAACGAAACCAGCGAGGAGCAGCAAGCAAGGUAUUAAGCAUGACAGAAGGGAAUAGUGAUGAAUGCGACAAAGCAUCAGCCGGUGCAAAAAGAACGGGACCAGCAACAGCAUCAUGUUCGUGGCGGUCCGGCAGCUCUAGAAGUGUCGCUCCCACUCCUACCAGCAGCGCCCUCUUCUCCCCCUCCUCCUACCGGAACCCGCCGACUUUUGAGUUCGUGGAAUCAACUUCGUUGUCGAAAUCCAAUUCCGCGGACUACCAGAGUUUCGGCGCUUUCAAGGCGGUCGUGAUGUUUCCCUACGCCUACACGCAGUUUUGGUUUUUCGAACUGUACUAUCAAAAGGAAAAAUCCCCCCUCCCCAUAUCGAAAUGGAAAUCUGUGAUGCGGGAUUUGGGUACACAAAUCGGCUCUGCCUUGCAGUGAAAGACUGCAACCAGAUACAAAGCCGGAGUAGGGGCGCUUUGGUCUAGGCGCGUGGCAAGACAGGCGUAUCCUCCGUAGGCCAUCCAGCAUUACAAAUUGCUUUCAGAACGCGGAGGAGCCUUUGGAUUUGCCUUCUUGCAACACAGAGACGAUUUGUGGUCUCAAAUCGGCAUCAUAGGGGGGAACUAAGGCUCAUCGGAUAUCAUGGGGAACUAAGGCUCAAAUCGGCAACAUCACAAAUUUUAAGAAGUGUCCCUGUUUAAUAUGGGGAGGGGAGAUUUUUCCUUGCAAUAUGUACCACAUCGGCGUCCCGAUUUUUCUGCCGGAGAAACGAACCUUGCCACUCUACGUGGGCCAGGACUUCAUCCGCUUCCAAUUUUACGUGAUUUCGGAUCAAGUUCCUUGUCGAGGAGCAGCAGAUCAGGAAAAUAACGACGACGUCCCGCCAGCACCAGCAGCCGCGUCCCACGAGUACCACCCGUUUUUAGAACACGCCAACCUCCGCGCCUUCCUCUACUGGGUGCAGUUCUGCGAAUGGGUCUCUUGGCCGUUCAUCACGGAAUUUGACAGUUUGCGAGGCUUGGUGGAGCACUUCAACCCGAACAGUGACUCCGCGGGGAAGCUAGCGCAAAUUUCCCGCAAAAUGCGGCAGUUUUCGCAGAAAGUCACCAUGGACAACGCGGCGAAGUGGCGGACGGGACUGGCCGCGGUGCUAUCGGUCCCGGUCGCAGAGCGGAAACCGAUAACUCUUGCAAGAAAACCUAGUACAACCGAGAUUUCAACGUCUGGUCCUGUCGCUGAAGGUUCCUACUUUUUCGGCGACCUUUCGACGCACCAGCCCUGCGGGGGCAGCCCGGGACGGGACGACAGUCCCACACAGAAAGCGAACGACGGGAAAAUUCUGCAAGACCACCCGAAUGAAUACCACAUAUGCAUUACAAAUUUCAACCUACCGCGCAGCUACACCGACAAAACGCAUCGCAAACUUUGUAAAAAUACAAAUAUCCACUUCAGAGCAUUAUAUCAAUCUACAACUUGGCAAUCGCAAUCUACUGAGUAAUAGGGUAGUUCAUGAUGCAACUAGAGAAAAAAAUCUCACUCUCAGAUGAAACUGCGUUUGUUUGUGUGCGUUGUGUCCGAGAAAUUUUUUACUGUGCAUACGCCACGAACGAAAACUACAUGCAGCCCGGCGAGGACGCGUUUUGGUGGGUGCAGUUGCGCGAGCACCGGAAAGUGGUCAAUGUCACGAUUUGGGCACGGGAUUGCUGCUCCGAGCAGAUGAUGCAAGCAGCAGAGGAACUACGUGUUGAGACCUCCACACCAGAAGUGCCAGAAAAAGCGCAGCAUCCAACCCUCGAUCUGUACCUGUCCGUCGACAGCAACAGUUUAGAGGAUGCAAUUUUCUGUGGCCAAGUGAAAAACAUCGAAGACGGGUCGAUUCGGAGCGGGUUAUGCGACGUGAGGGAAGUCGUCACGAGCGAAACCGAAACCGAAAGUCAAAGUGACCACGAUCACGAAAGGAAGCACACUGGAGGUCGUGUUCCAGAUUCCUAUGAUGACUACAAGAAGCAGUUGCUCGACGAGGUCGGGGGCAACGUGUUGUUCGUGGUGAACCGAGCGAAGAAACGGGACGGAAUAGUUCCACCUCCGGAGCCCGCAAGUUUGAUGCUUCCCGAGGUGUUGGUGUCGGAUGUUGGAUGGGUGCCGGACCGAUACCAGAUGGAGGCAGGGGAAUUGGUGGUUCCCUGAAAGGAAGUCUAUGCAUAUUGAUUUUAUUUCGCAGUGCCAGUACUCAUACUCAAUGCCGAGGAAGACCAGUAGUUAAGUACAUGAUAGAUUUAGAUAGUAGAAUAGAAUGAAGGUCAUACAAGAAGCAGAAGAAAAGACUACGAACCGAAAGAAUAAGAAAACCGCAUUAAUACUCACAUUACCACGGGAACUACAAAAAUGGAAACCACCCUUUUUUGAGAU